AUGCAAUAACGACCAAUAAUUAAUAGAGAUUUAUAAGAAAAAAGAGAUGUAAAUAGUAAUGUAACAAUUAGAAAGCAGCAAGAUCUUUGCACAAUUAUAAAAAGAGUGUAGAACUUAAUUAUUAAGAGUAUGUUUCUUAAACAUCUGAAUAAUAAAUGAAUGAUUUUGAAAGUUUAUCAAGACCUUCAGUAAAGAGUAUGCCUGUUAAGACAAGAGAUUUGUUAAAUAAAUAUAAGGCUUAACUUGAAAUAUAACCAAAAUUUCAAAUAGUGUCAAAACCAAGUUAAUAAUUAGAAAUAAAGAAAAAUUAAGAAAAUGAAGAUCAUUAAUAAAGUGUUUCUUCUCCACGUUCAGAACCUCCAAAGAAUCCUUUUGAAGAUAGUCGUAAAACUAAAUAGGAUGAAACGAAUAUGUCUUUUAGCAGAUAAAAGGAGGUUAAAUUACCUGAUAGUCAAAUUCAAGAAGAUAUAAAUUAAACUGAUUAAGAAGGAAAGAAGAAUCCUUUUGAAAAUUCAAGUUUAAUGUAAUAUACUUAAACAUAAAUGCUUGAUCCGUAUGCAAAAACGAUAUCUGAUAGAAAUUAAGUUAAUAACUAUACAAGUUAAGAGAGUAGUAAUAUUUAGAAUUUAAGUUAAACUCAAGAGAAAUCAGUAGAUUCUGAAUAAUUCUAUGACACAAUAGAGGAAUAAGGAUAAUUUUAAUAAUCAGAUAAAGUCAGUAUGGGAACUUAAUGUUAAAAAUUUGAACAUAAUUAUUAACAAUCUUCAAGAACUUAUAAUAGUAUAAAGGAAGAGAUUUAAGAUGAAUUAAGUAGUAUGACUCAUUCAUCUCAUUAAGAUAAUAAAGCUCAUUAUUAAUCUAAUCAAAGUCCAAUUUAUGAAAGUAUUGAUUAAGAGUCAUAAUUGGUUGAAACUACUUAGAGAUGGAGUUAGUAUCAAACUAUUCCAUAAAAUACAGCUUAAUUCAAUCCAAAUGUAUAACCAACUAUUAUUGAAGUUAAAUAAGAAUAUAAUAAUUCUUUAUAAACUAAAUAAGAUUCCUCAAAUAAUGAUAUUAGUUAUGGCUAAUCUUUCGAUUAGGCAUAAUAAUCUAGUUAACUUAAUAAUUAAAUUAAUUCCAAAAUUAUUGAAAAAGAUUCAUCAAAAGAACCUGUUAUUUUUAAUAAUUAAAUAAUUUCUAAAAAACUAUCUCAAGAAUUAGUUAUUGAUAUGGAAAAAUUUGAAAAAAAUAGCCACUUAUUGAAUAGUAUUAAUAAAACUUAAUUAUUGUUUAUUAUUGAAAAAUAUUUCGAUUAUAUGAUUGAAUAAAAUAAUAGAAAUUUAUUGCAAGAAUUUAGAUUGUUAACAAAGUUAUAAUUACACAUUUAUAAAAAGAAUCAUUUAAUCUUAAAUAAGUGUAUGAAAUAAUUUCAGAUUUAUAAAAAUAAAUAAUUAAUAAAAUAUGAGAAAGAAAGAAUAUCUAGACAUUUUCUAUUUUUAAAUUAAUAAAAAUUAAAACAAAAUGUAUUCUUAAUACUUAAACAAAAUAGAAUUGCAUAGUAAUAAUUUAUUUAGAAUUUGAUACGAUUAAUGAAUAACCAUAAAUAGAAGAUAUUUUUGAAUAGAUGGAAAAAUUAGGUUUACAAACAAAAAAUGAAAAAGUAAAUGGAUCUAUAGUAUAAAUAAUUUUUAUUUACUGCUUGGUUAAAUGUAGUUAAAAGGGAGAGAAAAGAAAAAGAUAUAAAAUGCUUAACAAAAUAUUAUAUAUCAACAAUAAAGAAAUAUUAUCAAUCUUGGAAAUAUUUUACAUAUUAAUAAUAAAGACUUCAAUCUAAAUUUUUGAAUGCAUAUACAAAUGUUAAUUUAUUGAAGAAAAAAUUUAUAUUGUUAAAAUGGAUUAAUUUCGUUUAAGAAAUCAAAAAAGAAAAAGAAUUUGAAGCUUAUGCUAAAUAGGCUAAUGAAUACAUUCCUGUUAAGGUAAGUCUAAAACCUUAAAAUAUAAAAAUCUAUAAUAUCAAAUGA